UCUGAGAUGGGAAGAACACUCAGUUUUCUCCUAAUACAUCUCCUUGUCCUAGCUGUUGCCACAAAUUCCACCUCCAUUCAUGAGCUGCUCAAGAGCAAAGGCCUCCCGCCCGGCCUCUUCCCCAAGAGCGUCGUAAAAUCCUAUGACCUCAACGACGACGGCCUCCUCCAAGUCUACCUCGAGAGGCCUUGCCUCACCAAGUUUGAAACUAGGGUGUUUUACGACAAGGUUGUCCGAGCAAACCUCACCUACGGCCGCCUCAUCGGGCUCGAGGGCUUGACUCAGGAAGAGCUUUUUCUCUGGCUGCCGGUCAAGGAUAUCAUUGUCUACGACCCCGAAUCCGGAUUGAUCUUAUUCGACAUUGGUGUUGCUCAUAAACAGAUGUCUCUUUCUCUCUUUGAAGAUCCACCUCUAUGCCAUUCUCAAAGUAAGUGGAUUGAUGAGAGUCUUGGAAUAGAGAUAGGAUCUCAAGCUCAAAGAUGAAAUUUUAUAAAUUCUUGAUUAUGAGGAAAUCAUUUGGCCAAUCAAUUUUAAAGACUAUGUUCUUUUGUUGGAUUUUUUGGAUUCUAUAUUAAGCACUGUUGUGAUUGUUUCUUCAAGA